CAUGCAAGAAACAAAGCUGGGGAUCUGUCUGUCAAUCAAGACGAAGAUUCCAAAUGGAAUGUUCCCAGGAGAGGCAGUUGGAGGUGGCCAGGGGAGAUGAACUGAGGAUACUUUGGCUCUGGGUUUUUUCCUGACCAAGGGAGGCAAGCCUGGCUGAAAGGGGAAGAAGUUGAACUGAUUCUAUUAGCUUCUGUCCCAGGCUGAAGGACCCUGGGGAGGGGGGGAGCUUCUGAAGUUAGGCUGAGAGACCUUGAUGAUUUUGUGAAUUGAAAGAAGAAAAGAAGACUUAAGUUAUCCUCCAUCUCUCUGACUGUCCCCCUAUCACAGCUGAGACUUCCCAAACCCUCAUAAUCCUCAUAAAUAACAUGACAUCCCUUUGGAGUGGAUGAAGAAAGUUCAGUACCAUACCAAGAAUUCUUAGAGCCAGCCAGAACUAGCAGGAAGGCCUUCAGGAACCUGGAGCAUGGGGCCAGUGGCUGUGUGGCUUCAGUCAGAAAGCUCAUCUGUUUCCUCCCUUCCAUGGGCAUGCUGACCUCCACAAGAAACCUGAAGAGAGAGAGCGAGAGAGCUGUCUUUGGCUGAAGCCGGAGACGUUCCCAGCACACCCAAGACAGAGGUUAUGAUGGCGAAGAAGCCCCCCAAGGCAGCCCCGCGAAGAAUUUUCCAGGAGAGAAUGAGGAUCACAUCCCUGCCUUUGUACUUUGAAGGCUACUUGUUAGUGAAGCGGGCAGAAUACCAGGAAUUUAAACACUACUGGACAGAACUGAGAGGAACUACACUUUUCUUUUAUGUUGACAAAAAGAAUACAACUUAUAUUGACAAAUUAGACCUGAUGGAUCUAACAUGCCUUACUGAUCAAAACCCAACUGAAAAGUGCUGUGCAAAGUUCCUGUUGGUGUUGCCCAAGGAAGAAGUAGAAGUGAAGACAGAGAACACAGAAAGUGGAGAGGAGUGGAGAGGCUUUAUUCUUACUAUUACGGAGUUGUCAGUCCCUCAGCAUGUGUCAUUGCUACCUGGGCAAAUGAUCAGACUGCAUGAAGUCUUAGAGAGAGAAAAGAAAAGAAGGACAGAGAUCGAGGGACCACCCAACCUACCUUUGAGAAAGGAGAACCAACCCAGGAAGGAGUGUGUGGAUAUCCUAAACCCAAUGCCUGUGUGUUUUUAUUCAGUGUCUCGGAAAGAAGCAACUGAAAUGCUAGAAAAGAACCCUUCUUCUGGAAAUAUGAUCCUGAGGCCUGGUAGUGACAGUAGGAACUAUUCUAUUACCAUCCGACAGGAGAUAGACACUCCAAGAAUAAAGCACUACAGAGUGGUGAGCAUAGGAGCCAACUACACUAUCGAACUAGAAAAGCCAGUGACACUCCCAAACCUCUUCAGUGUCAUUGAUUAUUUUGUGAAGGAAACUCGAGGAAACCUAAGACCAUUUAUAUAUUCCACCGAUGAAAAUCUUGGACAUACAAAGGCAGAUUCACCAAUUAAAAUUUCCCCAUGGAAGCAAGAGCAACCUUUUGUGAGACCAGUGAUAAAAAAUGCAGUUAGAUCUCAUGUGAAUGAUUACAUGAAUGAAUUUCUAGGCCAAGAAUCUAAUAAAAUAAGAAGGGAGAAGAGAGAAAUGGAGGAAAAAAGUGGACACUGACUAAAAUAAAAUUAUAAUUCAUCCUCCCUGAUCUUGGGAAAAAUCUAUUUCAAAAAUUCUUUCUAGCAAGAAGAUAUCUCGGUGUUUUAUUUCUGGAAUGCCAGAAAUCAUACCGAAACAUCAUACUCAGAGAUUGUGGUCUUGAUAGUCAUUCUCUUAGAGUGAUGUUACAGAAUGUUACUGGGGUAAUGUACAUAUUUCUUCACACUUUUAUAGGUUGAAAUUAAUCUCUAUAAGUGAAAUUUGAAUUUUUUCUGGGGAGGGGGAGAUUUGGUUAGUCUAAGUGAAUUUCCAUAUGCUAUUUUCCUCUAAGAUUUUCUGUUAAAACCUGCUAGUUCUAAUGUCUUGAACUUUUCAAGUAGAAAUAUUUUAUAACAGGUAGAGAUGCAUCAGAUCACUAAACUGGAAAAACACAACCCUAUGUGGGAGGAUCAUAGUUCCCUGUCUUUGUUAUUUAAAAUAAACUGACCUUACCUAUA